CCGCUCCAUUCAGCGGUCCGCCCCCAUGUAUCCCCAGCCAUAGUUCAAUCCUUUCAGCCGUGUCCUAUAUAUAUGCCAGCCCGUACACUGGCAACUGGAAAUAGCAACCAUCUGCGCUUCUGUCUCCUGAUCACUCCGACCCUUAGGAGGCUGGUAUCACAUUUUGCUUGGCGAUCGAACAACAAACAGUUGCAAAAAAGUGACAAAAUGGUCAUGGGAAAUACGGAAAAAUUGAGCGAUGUGACCAGGCUAUCGGCCCAUGUCACUCGGGUUUUGGGCCAAAAUCCGGGCCUGAUGACACUUCAGGGCACAAACUCCUACCUCUUGCAGCCCCCUUCGAACCCCCAUGCUCCACUCAUUCUGGUGGACACCUCAUCACCACACACAGCAGCGCAAUACGUCGACUUGCUCCUCGUGCACUUGCACCACCUAGCUCUCGAAUCUGGAGUACGUGAGACCCACUUUGAAUCCUCUGCCGCCCAGGUUUCUUUGAGAAACUUCAAGGAAGAGAGGAGAGAUGAGGUGAAGAAAAUUGUCAAGGAGCAACGGGAAGCUGAACCAAGAGCGGAUGAGCUCGGCUUGACAGAGUACGGUCCAGAAAGUACAUGGGUCAAAGGGUACGAAGGGAAGACGGGGGUACGCAAGCUACCCACCAUUGAGCAUGUCGUCCUGACCCAUCGGCAUCUGGACCAUGUUGGUGCAUUGCCUCUUCUCCUUAAAACUCUAAAGGAACACGGAUGUCCCCCUCCCAAAUUGUGGAAACUCCCUUCACCUGACGAAGCCGAGCUUAAUGCAUCAGAGCGAGAUCGUCCCACCUCGGACUCGUCUAUUUGGCACUCUCUGCCUCCUGGGACAUACACACCUCUCUCACCACUUCAACCUUUUCAUCCUAUCCUGCCGGGCCUCAUGAUCUCUAUUAUCGAUCCGAAGUAUAGGCAUUUGUUAAAGCACAACGAGAAUGGCAAGGCAAAAUGGAAUGAAGUGCCCGAAAUUGCUAGAGUCUCGGUGAGAUGCCUGAAAACUCCAGGACAUACAGCCGAUUCGGUCAGUUUGGUUUUGAUGGAGGGAGAGAAAGGCGUUUUCACAGGGGAUACAGUAUUGGGUCAGGGCACCACGCAUUUCACCGAUCUCUCGACUUAUAUGACCUCGCUUCGGACUUUGCUCGCCCUUAAACCCAGAGUCCUCUAUCCGGCCCAUGGACCUCAUAUACCUUCGCAAGAAGCGUCCGUCUCCCACAUCCAGACUUAUAUCACACAUCGGCAGAAACGAGAGGAUGAGAUUGUGGCUACGUUGAAACGCUUCUCCCCGUCGCUCAGUGUCGAAGAUGGAGGUGAAAACAUCGCAGAGGCGCUUAUCACGCUAAAAAAGGAGAUCCAUGAGAAGAAGGAAGCGGAAAACAAAGUCAAGGGGCGGUCAAUGCUCGAUAAACAAAAGGCAUCCCCUCUACCCGACUUUGAAGAAGAAAAAAAGGCACUUGAAAAGAUUGACGUUUCAAAGGGAGUGAGCAUGAGCGUCAUCGCAAGAAUACUUUACAAGAGCGAAGAUGAACGGUUGCUCUUUGCAGCUGCAAAGAAUGUCAACGCGCACUUGGAUAAGCUUAUCAAGGAUGGAAAAGUGAGAAAAGGCAGAGUAAGGAUGUGCAAGUUGAUUGGCGGUGAGGUUGGAGAAGUGGAAGACAUGGACGGGUGGGAGUGGAUCGGGGAGAAGGAAAAAUCAGACUGAACUAUGUCAUCAAGGGGAUGCAAA